AUGCCUGGAAUCGGAUUGCCCGAAGGAAUCACCCCGGACGGUCAGGGCUCGCUGGGUACCGAGGAACUGGACUACUUGACGUCAUCGCUUGCGCUCGCAGCCGCCGACCCCGUAGGACUUGAGUCGAGCCGGCCGCCGCAAACCAAUCCAGUCCUGAAAGAAUCGACGACCAGCGAUGACUUGAUCCCUGCAGGAGACCCCUGUCACCAUAACCUGAAGCUCCGCAACUUGUCGGUGCAGCUGUUGCAGCGGGUCACUGCUCGGACGAUCCUCGGCUUCGUCCUGUCCCUGCUCGAGGGUGAAGACCUGGCACCUUUCCGCAACAACCAGCCCUCCGACCUCUCUUCUUCUACCUACUCCCUCACACGCGAAUCAAUCAUCAAGUCCGUCCAGAAAAACCGCGACUCGUUCGCCAGACAGUCCCGCUCUGAGGCUCAGCUCAUCAUUGGUAACUGCUUACUAAUCACUCGAGCAAAGAUCCUGGACGACUUUGAAAACGACUUGACAGAAUCCAAUGAUGAUAACCGAAAUGCAGCAGAUGAACUAGAAGCGAAAGAAAAGGGAGAUGCAAGAAAACUAGAAAGGAGAUUGAACGAAGAAAGCGUGUCAAGGAUAGUAGAAGAACAGUUGAAGGAAUUGAUCACGAAUCAAUUCACAGAGUAUUCGCACCAGUUCCUCAAUCCGGAUGAUGAUCAUUCGGCGUUCAGUAGAUCGAUCAGUUUGGUCGAGGCCUCGAACUUGAUCAGCUUCUCCGGUCAAGUCUUUUACUGGAAUCGAUUCUUUGAUCUUCUCUUUCUUAGCCCCAAUCCACUGUAA